UCAAAUGGUUUUUGUUCACCUGGUUUUUUUGAUUUCAUCUAUUUCUUAACUUCUAAAGUCUCCUCUCUAACAUCUUUCCCAAUAUUUCAUGGAAAUCUUUCAAGUCACUAAGGAUAGGAUGAUGCAGAGUUUCAAGAAAUUGACACCAUUAUUUGUUGUAAUCUUGAUAGCACUUCCUUUUAUUCUCAUGAACUCAAAAUCAAAAUCAAGCUUCUCUCUCUUUGAGGAGUUUACGAAAGAAAAAAUGCUACAACUUGUUGGAGAAAAUAAAAAUGGUGACAACAUAAGCAAUGGAGGAAGAGUUCAUAAUAUAUCAAAUGACAACAUCAAUGGAGGCUAUAACAAUGGCGAAAAUAACACCGAGUCAAAAGUGCAAGGAAAAAUUCAAAAUAAUACUACAACAGUUGAAGGAAGAUCAGCUACAACAAUAGGUUCCACAAAUAUCUUAGAGAAAUUUCUUGAUGGACUUUUAGCUUCUGGGAUUGAUGAACCAUCAUGCAUGAGUAGGCAUCAGUCUCAUUUAUACCGGAAAGCUUCGCCUCAUAAACCAUCUUCGUAUUUGAUAUCGAAACUACGAAAAUACGAAGAAAUUCAUAGGAAAUGUGGACCUAAUAGUAAAGCUUAUCACAAAAGCAUGAAAAAGAUUCUAGAUUCUAAGAGAAUUAAGAGCGGUCAUGUAAUGUGCAAAUAUCUUAUUUGGACACCGGCUAAUGGUUUGGGGAACCAAAUGAUUAGUAUGGCUGCAACAUUUCUUUAUUCUCUCCUCACAGACCGCGUUAUGCUCGUGAGAUUCGGGAAAGACAAACAAGGUCUAUUCUGCGAGCCGUUUCUGAAUUCAACAUGGUUGUUGCCUGAGAAUUCUCCUUUUUGGAGUGUCAAUCAUGUUGAAACAUAUGAAAGCUUGAUAGAGAAGGAAAAAGCUAACAGUAAUUCAAAAUUGGAUUUUCCAUCUGCACUAUUUCUCAAUCUACAAUACCAAGAGAAUUAUCAUGAGAAGUUUUUUCACUGUGAUGAUAAACAAGCUCUUCUUAUCAAGGCUCCUUUGUUGAUUUUGCAAUCAGAUCAAUAUUAUGUACCUUCGCUUUUCAUGACACCUUUGUUCAACAAGGAACUUGAGAAAAUGUUCGUCAAAAAAGACACGGUUUUUCACCAUCUUGGACGCUACCUUUUCCACCCUUCGAAUUCGGCAUGGAGACUAAUCACAAAUUUCUAUCACGAACACUUGGCUAAAGCAGAUGAGAAAAUAGGCCUUCAGAUAAGAGUUUUUAGGCCUAAUACGACUCCACAACAAGCAAUUAUGAAUUUAGUUUUAAAUUGCACACUAGAAAAUAAGCUUCUUCCAAAAGUACUUUAUACGAAUAAUUCAGCGUCUUCUAGUGGCAUAAACAAGAUGAUUACAAAGGCUGUUCUUGUGACGUCUUUAUAUCCUGAAUACGGUGAGAAUUUAAAGAUGAUGUAUAUGAAUAAAUCAACGGUUACAGGAGAAAUAAUUGAAGUUUAUCAACCAAGCGGCGAGGAGGAACAAAAAUUUAACGAUAAUACGCAUAAUAUGAAGGCUUUGGUUGAUAUGUAUUUACUAAGUCUAUCUGAUGUGUUGGUUACGACUUCUUUGUCUACAUUUGGAUAUGUUGCUCAAGGUUUUGGAAAUUUGAAGCCAUGGCUUCUAUACAGGAUAGUAAGCAAUGAGACUCAUUAUCCAGCUUGUGAAAGAGAGUUCUCAAUGGAGCCUUGUUACCAUUAUCCUCCUAAGCAUUUUUGUAGUGGAAAGCCUAUACAUGAUUUUGCUUCUUCUUUCAUUUAUAUGAGGCAAUGUAAGGAUUAUAGUUCUGGUGUAAAGAUGAUUAAUGAUUUUUGAUAGUUAGAUAUGUUUCAGUUUGCAGUUGCUAAGACUUUUUCUAAAUCAUGAGUAUAAUCUGUUUUGAAGAUAGUUUUCAUUCCCUAU